GACCUACCAUAUGGAUAUAUAAUGAUGAACAAUUUUCUGAUAGUGAUUUCGAUUCACUUUGUAAUCUUGGAAAUAGUUAUAAAUGGUCACAAAAUGAUAAAAUUGGAAAGUUUGGUGUUGGAUUUAAUUCUUGCUAUCAUUUUACAGACUUACCACAAGUUAUAUCAAGGAAGAGUUUAAUAAUUUUUGAUUCUCAAAAAAGAUAUCUUAAUAGUAGCGGUGCUAGAUUUGAUUUUAAUGAUUAUAAUGAAGAUCAUAUCUUCAAUAAGUUUGAAGACCAGUUUGAAACUUUUAGGAAAAUUAAUGGAUGUGGAUUCGAAAUUGAUUAUAAUAAGGAAUUUAAAGGGACUUUAUUUAAAUUGCCACUUAGACGAAAUGGAACAGAAAGUUCUAUUUCUGAUAAUGUAGAUAGUAUUGACAAUGUUAUCGAAUUAUUAAAUGUUAUAAAAAAAGAUGCAAUGUCAGAAUUGAUCUUUCUACGUCAUAUCAAAUCUUUUGAAGUUUUUAGAAAAACUAGUAGGGAAAGUAAUGCAACACUCUUAUGGAAAGUUGAAGUCACAAAAAAUUGCGAAAAUCGUAAAUUAUAUGGACAAAAAUCUCAAAUGUUUAAACUUGAUGUUCAAUUUUCCGAAAAAUUUGAAAAAACGAGAUGGUAUUAUAACAGUUCAACAGAAAAGAAAACAGAAAAGAAAACAUGGUUAAUAAGUUCAGGAAAAAAUGAUAUUUCGUUAAAUAGAACAGGUACAUGGGGUGGAAUAGCUGUAAUACUUCCUGAUAAACCUGAAAAUCCAUUAACAUCAAAUGAAACAGCUCAGAAUGGAAAUUUUUAUUCAUACCUUUCGCUUUCUAUUCCUUCGGGACUUUCAGUAAAUUUGCAUGCAAGUGGUUGGGCUCUUUCAUCUGAUAGAAGAAGUCUUGUGUUUGGCAGCGAUAGUCAAACUGUCAUUAAAGGUGAUGUGAAGGCUACACAAAAUAAGAAUAUCUUGGAUAAUAUUCUCCCAGAACUUCACGUAAACCUUUUUAACGAAUAUUUAAAUAUAGAAGAAUCUUCUAGAGCCAGAUUACCAAAAACCUUGGAUUUUCAAGGUAUCAUUCGAUUAUGGCCAAUUCCAGCAAAUAAAAAUGUAGAAAUUUCAAAAUACGGAUUAAAAGUGAUUCAGCUUGCAUCUGAAAAAGGUUGUAAGAUAUUUUGGUCACCAAUUAAUGGUGGUACGUACGUUAACUUCAAAGAGUGUAUCUUUAUAACCAAAAAGACACCACCAGCGGAAAUACAUACGGCUAUUAUUAAUUUGCUUCAUGAACAAGAACGACCUACA